GCGGCUUCUCUCGCGCUCCGGCCGGACUCGGGCGCGCCCCCCGGGCUGGCCGCCCGACGACUCCCGCCUCGCGCCGCUCGCGCUCGCACGCGCGCUCACACCCACGUUGCCCUUCGCCGCACGCGCUCACACUCAUUCUCGCGCGCUUGCCUCACGCACACACGCGCGCUCCCACCGCCCCGUGCGCCCCCUCGCGCGCUCCCCCUCGCGCUCCGGAGCGCUAGCCUCGCAGAGGCGCAGGCACCGCAGGCGAGAGCGCCGAGGGGACCCACGGCCUCCCCAUGGCUGACCUGAGCUUCAUCGAAGAUUCCGUGGCCUUCCCGGAGAAGGAGGAGGAUGAGGAGGAAGAGGAGGAGGGUGUGGAGUGGGGCUACGAGGAAGGUGUUGAGUGGGGCUUGGUGUUUCCGGACGCCAACGGGGAGUACCAGUCUCCCAUUAACUUGAACUCAAGAGAAGCUCGAUAUGACCCCUCACUGCUGGAUGUCCGCCUCUCCCCCAAUUAUGUGGUCUGCCGGGACUGUGAGGUCGCCAACGAUGGGCACACCAUUCAGGUCAUCCUGAAGUCAAAAUCAGUUCUAUCCGGAGGUCCAUUGCCUCAAGGGCAUGAAUUUGAGCUGUAUGAAGUCAGAUUUCACUGGGGAAGAGAAAACCAGCGUGGUUCUGAGCACACAGUUAAUUUCAAAGCUUUUCCCAUGGAGCUCCACCUGAUCCACUGGAACUCCACCUUGUUUGGCAGUAUUGAUGAGGCUGUGGGGAAGCCCCAUGGAAUCGCCAUCAUUGCCUUGUUUGUUCAGAUUGGAAAAGAACACAUAGGCCUGAAGGCUGUAACUGAAAUCCUCCAGGAUAUUCAGUAUAAGGGGAAGUCCAAAACGAUACCCUGCUUUAAUCCUAACACUUUAUUACCAGACCCUCUGCUGCGCGAUUACUGGGUCUACGAAGGCUCUCUCACUAUUCCGCCCUGCAGUGAAGGUGUUACCUGGAUAUUAUUCCGAUACCCUCUAACAAUAUCCCAGCUACAGAUUGAAGAAUUUCGAAGGCUGAGGACACACGCGAAAGGGGCAGAGCUUGUGGAAGGCUGUGAUGGGAUUUUGGGAGACAAUUUUAGACCCACGCAGCCACUCAGUGACAGAGUCAUUAGAGCCGCGUUUCAGUAGCUGAAGAGAGCAGGAACCGGUGCGUCUUCAUCUGGGAGGAAGACAAUGGUCCUAUAGUGCUCAUGGGUGAGAAACGGAAACUUUGAGCUGCAGCUUCGGUUUAUCCUCAAAGCCUGCAUUGUUUGUCUUCAUCUAAUCGAGCUUUGAUGGACAUCUGUGACAGUUGCCUGUACAUGUGCUCUAAUGAAAUAUUAGAAAUGGCUGUAAAUUCAAAAGAAACCCCAUAUUAUGUAUCCGCAUCACUGCUGCUAGUAUUCAUAUUUUUGCACAUACUGUUUAUUGCUUAUGUGUAGAAGAAAUGAAACUAGUUUUCAGAGUUAUUAUUAAUAUGAAUAUAUAUCAUGUGUUAGUACUAAGACAGGAAAAAUACAUUUCCAGCGUUCGCAGUCCUUCAUUUACUGUCUCCAACAGAAAAUUCACUCAUUCAGAAAAUAAUGUAAUUCUUGAUAAUAAAAUGAGAGUUUUGAUCAAGAGCAGCUUACAGCUCCAAAAUGGAAUGUGAAGGAUUAGUAAAAAACAUAUCUCAUGUUACUUUGCAACCCUCAUACCAUGGUUAAUGUCAGGGUGAUUUGUUAUAAAACACGAUUUGGGAGUUAAUGUAGGAGCAUAAUACUCACUUUAUAUAUUACUUUCUUAGUUAAAGGAUUUAAUUGAAUAUAUGAAUCUAAUCAUGCUUAUUUGGCAUAUUAGAAGCUGAGGUUUCUAGGAAUUUGAGAAAGGUAUAAGAAAUAAAUAGGCUAAAGAG